AUGGCAGUGGCACGUCUCCAAGCAAUCCUCGCAUGCCUUCCUUGCGGUACCGCAGAAGCCAAAGACGAGACCUAUCCCAACGAAAAAGCCGCGCUACUCUCCGCCGCUACAUCCAACUCACGUCUUACCGCUGAGACUGCCGACAAUGUUAUCGCAAUCCUCCUGACCACGUCCCUCACCGGCCCAGCCCUCCACAUGCAGCUCGACUCCGUCGUCGGCGCAUCGGGCUGGCGCUCCAACAUGGCCAAAUACGUCCUAGAAAAGCUCACUGCCGCGCUGCAGGCGUCGCACGAGAGACUCGGCCCAACUAUCCGCAGCGCCUACCAUCGCGCAUGGGAAGCAGCGCAAAGCAUCCAAGGCUUCGUCAUCGAGCAUCCCGUCAUGUGCACCGUCAUUGCCCUGGGCGUACUUGCACUCGUCGCGCCGUGGGUACUCGAAGCGCUCGGUUUCGCAGAGUUGGGGCCAGUCCAAGGUACCUUCGCUUCCUGGUGGCAGUCGGCCUACGCUGGCCUGGUACCGAAGCGCUCGCUGUUCUCCUUUUUCCAGCGUUUGGGCAUGGCGAAGUGGCACUGGGUUCUGGUCUGA